AUGAUUAAGUUCAGUGUGAUGACCACUCUUGUGUUCGUGGCUGCAGUGUGCGCCGAACCACCUGUAGGCGGUGGUUACUCCUACUCCGGUGGCCACAGCCAUUCGCAUGACGAUUCCGACGGAGGCUACAUUGCGGUUAACAACGGACAUCAAACGUCGGAAGGACUUCACGUCGAUCCUCAUUUGCUUCAUAAAGUGAAGGAAAUUUUGGUAGAACAUGAAAACAGCGGAGGAGGAUCAUCCUCUUACAGUGGCGGACACUCCGUUCCUUCGACCUCCUAUGGAGUUCCAUCGUCAUCAUACGGCCCACCAUCCCACUCGUACGGACCACCACCAUCUCCGGUCUACGGUGUCCCUUACUCCGGUGGACAUUCAUCCCGCGUGACUGGAGUCGAACUUGGCCACGUACGCCAAGGAAUUCAAUUAGCUCAGUACUACAAGGCUCACAGUGCACACUCCUAUCCAUCUCACUCAUACUCUGCUCCGUCAGUGUCACAUUCUUCCUACUCUGCUCCAUCGUUCGCUUCCCACUCAUAUUCAGCCCCGUCUCUUUCAUCCCAUUCUUAUUCAGGCCCGUCUCUUUCAUCCCACUCAUACUCAGCACCGUCUGUUUCAUCCCAUUCCCAUUCUUCGCACUCUUCAUAUUCGGUUCCGUCGUCAAGUUACGGCGUUCCUUCGGCGUCGUAUAGCGCGCCAUCAUCUUCAUACGGAGUUCCUUCUUUCAGCAGCGGCAGCAGCAGCGGCCAUUACCGUGCACCGUCGGCUAUAUACGGAGCUCCAUCACAUUCAUCCGUAACCGGCUUCCGUCCAUCACCAGCCUAUCACGCACCAUCCACCAGCUACCAUGCCUCUCCGGCAAUCAGCUAUCACGCUCCAGUUGCAGUCUAUUCAGCUCCACGGCCUGUCUAUGGCGUUCCUUAUCAUCAUUAA